AUGAGAGGAGUGACUUUAAUUUUAAUAAUUUAUAGAGCGCUUCAAAUAUGUGCAUAUUACAUCUAUAUCCUAAAUGAUGACAAUUAAAUAGUAACUUAGGAGUUGUAAAUAAACUUAGACAAUUUUGAAAUAGAUUCUUUCUUUGGCUAUGGUGUGUGGAGCAGAUAUGCUCCUUUAGGCGAUAUUGCUCAAAUAGGAACAAUAGGAAUAUUAGACAGCAAUUGUUUUCAUCUUCAUAAUGCUGUUUCAAAAUCAACCCAAGAUUUGAAUCUCAUAGUUUACGAUUGUCUCAACUAUGAAACAUAAACUAUAGUAAGAAAAAUACAAUUUGUCACGAUUGAUGAGAACUGGCAUAAAUUUGAAUUAUAAUUAGAUAAUCAAAAUUUUGAAUAUGUCUGGCAUUACUUUCAAAUUACUUAGUGGCCAAAGCAGAAAAGAUUUGAACUGUUAAUCAUCCAAUACCCUUAAAUUAAAUUAUAGUAGCUUGUCGAAGAUAUAUUGUAUCCAUACAAAGACACAAAUUUAAUCUUGACCUUUGGAGGAGGUCUAUAAAUAAUAUCAUAGAAUACGAUCUAGAUUUUAGAUGGCAUAUCACAAUUUUCAUUUUAUCCAGGCACUUUCCUUCUAUAUCCAUUAUCAUUUGAUAUAAAUCAUACUCCUCCCGAUUUGGUAAUAUCCACAAUUUAGUUUAGAGCCUAAUGCUUUUGCAUUUCAAAUUGGCAAACAUAUCUCUAAGAUUAAGUACUAACAUAAUUAGACAAGAUAUAAUUUACUUCAUAGAAUCCUAAUUGUAAUACAUUUUCAUUAACAACUUGGAUCAAAAUUACAAAUGUUCACAAGACAUCUUAGGACUUUUUAUAUCAAAUUAUGAAGUUAUCUGCUAAUUUUGAAAUACCUUAAUUGGUUGAUGAUAAUUUGGCUGCGUUCUAAUUAUUUUAUAAGAUUACUGAAGAUAAAACUUAAUUGAUUUACACAACUUAUAGUUAUACCUUUCCUCUUGUCUCCCUUAAUUUCUAAGACGAUCCUUUUUUAAUAAAAAAAGAAUUUGAUCUUACAAACGAUUUCACACUUUGGCAUUUUGUUUAAGCGAUACUAUCAGAUAAUUAAUUAAGCGUAUCAAUAAUUUUUUAUGGAAACUUUAUUCAUUAUGAGUACAAAUCUGUAACCACAGUCAAUUAAUUUCAUUUGCUUAAAUUUAAAUUAUAAUAUGGAAAUUUAUUAUAAAAUUCUAAUGAUUAUUUAAGUGUAAGUUUUGUAAACACUUACUUUUCAAAUUGCUUUGUGGAUUUUAUGUUACCUGAAGCACACUGCCAUAAUAGUUGUGAAGAUUGCGAUGGUCCAACAAGUUCAAAUUGUUUAUCUUGCUAUGCAGAGUCAAAUCGUAUUUUUAAACCUGCUCAAAAAUCUUGUGUUUGCCCCUACAAUACAAUUGAUGAUUAGUAAUGCAAGGAUUUUUAAAGUUAUAAUGCUCUUCUUGUAUAGGAUAAUUCAAAUGAUUAGAAAUGUCUACAAGGAUAUUUCUAACUUGAGGAAAAAUGCGUCAAAUGGUAAAUUAAAUCUUUAUUCUAGUCCAUCUAUCAUAAGCAGUAAGGCUAUAACAUGCUUAGAAUGUUAUUAAUUUCCUCAAACUUGGGCAAAUAAUGCUUCUUGCAAAACUUCUUCAUUUAAUAAUCUUUAAGGGACUGUCACAGAGUAUUUAUAAACUGCAUAAUUAAAUUAUAUUUAUGAUGGUGAUGACCUUAUACCAAGAUAUGGUUCUGAUUCUGUAGAGCUUAAUGAAGAUGUUAUUGAUGAAUUUGAAUUAGCCUCAAAAUAAUUUAGGAACUUUUGUUUUCAAGACGAUUCUUUACAAACUCCUUAGAAAGAUAAGGGUUAAUGUUAUAAUUGUGCAAUUAAAGGCUGUAUAGAUUGUUUGAUCACUACAUUACAAACCAAAUGCUUCAAAUGCGAUUAUUAUACAAACCUUGAGGAUGGAAUUUGUAAGGGUAAACCUUUACCUGGGUAAACAUUUUUCUAGAUUUGUCGAUCUCCUUAUUAUCUAACAUCUACUUAUUAAUGCAUACUAUGCGGCAUUGAAAAUUGCCAGUAUUGCUUUGAGUAUUUAAGCAAUGAUUUGACUCAAUGUACUCUAUAUAAGUAGUUUUAAUCCUUUAAUAUUGAUGAUUCUUUUCAUAUAGGCUGUGCAUUAUGCAAAGAUGGUUUUAUAUUCGAUUUUACUACGGGUGUCUGUAAUUAUCAGAAACCAUAAAUAUUUAAUUGCUUAAGAUCCUAUAUCAAUUUAUAAGGAUAAGAAAUUUGCACUCUAUCAAAAGAAGAUAAUUUCAAUGUUGCUCCUGAAAUUAUUAAUUGUAAUAAAUAUAUACUCAAUUGUAAAUAGUGUCUGCAAACUCCAUCAAAAGUAAUCAAAUGUAUCUUGUGUGAAGAUGGUUAUUCAACUUCAGUAUCCACAGGAUAGUGUGAUAAAUGUUCUAUUGAACAUGCUAAAAUAUGUAUUGAAGGGGAUUACCAUCUAAAAGAUGAAUGGGUAUAAUUAAUUUAAAGCUUUUUAAUGCAAUUCUUGCCUAACCAGUAUCUAUAUCCAAAGCCAGAAAUGGAUCUUCUAAGAAUCUAAUUUGCAUUUGAAUGCUAUCCAAACUAUAAGCCUAAUUACUCGGGUGAUUGUAUCAAAUAUUGCGAUCCUGAUUGUUUGCAAUGCGCGUAGACUCAGGAAUUUCCAUAUUUCUUUUAUUGUGUUUAAUGCCCUUUGAAUUAUUAUAAGUUACCAAUAAUUUCAUCAGAAUCAGGUAAUUGUAUGUAGUGUCCAUAAUUAUGUUAGUUAUGUCAAUCGAGAACAGAAUAAGAAAUCAAGGUAUAAUUAUAUUAAAUUAUAGAAUAUCAACCCCUAUUUUAUUGUGACAGAUGAAUUAACUAAAUAUACUUAUAAAUGUCUUCAAAAAGCUCCAGAUAAUAAUAUAGUAAUUGAUCCUUAUAGUAGUAUUGCUAAGUAUUGUGAAAAUUCUAUUUGUACAUCCGAUAUUUAAUAUGAAGUAAUCAUUAGUUAUGAUCCUAGUUCAAUAUCGAUUGUGACAACAGUUAAUUUAUUCUCUAACAAUAAUUUCCGGAAUAUUAUGGCACAUAAAUUUAACUUGAUUAUAUUAAUUAAUUGGGUGGAAGUAAAUUAACAAUAGUGUUUAAUUUUUUAUUGAUAUCUGAAUGGUUUUGCUAACUUUCAACAGAGAGUAUAUUAGAAAAUUCAUUUAAAUAGAAAAUCUUUUCCCUUUAAAAAGUACAAGUGAAAUUAAUAGGAAAUGAUUAAUCAAAUAAGGCAUUUACCAAUAGAUUGGUAAUAUAAAAUUUUGACAUUGUUUAAAUCUUAAACAUGAGCAUUUUUACUUCAACAGACGAAUAUAUAUAUACAUAUUUAUCUUUUGAAAAUUAUUAAGAUCCAAUUGAUUUAAUAAUAACUAAUACAACUUUUUAUGGAAAUAUUGAUUUAAUUGCAAAAUAUGAGAUGAAAUCAACAAAAAGUGGUGAUUGUAUUUUUAACAAUGUCAACUUUAUGUAUUUAAAUCUUAAUAAUUCCCUACUAUAUCAACAUGCUAAAGGAAAUUAUAAGAAUUAAAUUUAAUUUACUAAUAUUGUAAUAUUAAAUAGUGUAUUUCAUAACUCAGUAUUAUUUUAAUUUGUAGAUUCUUAACAGGACAUUAGAUUCAAAUUUAUAUAUUUUGUUGAUUGCAAAUUUUAUAAUUCCACAAUUUUCAAUUUUUAAUCUAGUACUGACGAUUAAAUUAAUAUUUAUAUUGAUUAGGUUAGUCUUAUAAAUAAUGAAAUCAAUUUUACAACAUUUGUCUAAAAUACAUAUUAAUCAUCGAUUUCCAUUAGAAAUAUAUUAUUCUCUUAAAAUAAGGUAUAUAAUUCAAGAGUGUUAAUUUUAACAAACAAUUUACUAAUCUAAAAUACUUUAUUCGACUUUAACAAGCUUAUUGAUUCGUCAUUUUUAUUUUAUCAUUCUUAACAGAGAAAAUUAAAAGAUAUUUAAAUUCAAACUUUAAAAAUCUUAAUUAAUGAAUUUACAAAUUCAUCCGUAAUUAAUUUGCAAUCAAUUGAUAUUAACGAUAAUGUGUAAGUUACUAUGAGUAAUUUGGAAUUAUACAAAAACAUCAGAAACUUGAACUCUGAGUAAUUAUAUCUAUUUAUUUUGACUUGUUCCUAAAUAGUGAUUUAAGAUUGUGUUAUAGCAGCCUCAAAAAAUAUGCAGCAUUUUAAAUUAUAUGACACAUAAUCAAUUAUGAUUGAGAACAUGAAUUACUUAAAUGAAGUACAAUCUAAAUAAGUACCACUCUCAAUUGAAUGUGAUAAUAGUGAAGAUAAAUAUUCAUAAUUAAUUUAUAUUUCAGGAUUUUACAAACUUGUAAUACAGAAAAUUUUCAUUUAAAGUUAAUUUACCAUCGAUUAUUCAUUUGUGCACAUUAUUUCAAACAUUUUGUAUUAACCUCAUGUUUAAGAAAUAAUUGAAAUCAAAGAUGUUGUAUUUCAAGGAAAUAUAUUAUUAAAAUAGCAUUUAGGGAGUAUUUUUUCCUCACUAUUGAUAUAUUCAGAAAAGUCAUAAGAAAUCCGAGUAGAAAAUAUCACUUUUGAAGAAAAUUUUUUUAACGAAUAAAUUGAUGAUCCAUCUUAAACUUCAGCCGGAUUAUUAUUCAUAAAUUCCUAAUAAAGUUCGGUUUUUAUAAACAAUAUAACUUGCUUAUCAAAUGCUUUAACUAACUCUUCAAAUUCUUUUAUUUUUAUCAACUCAAUAUCUGUUUAGAUUUAAUAUAUUACUAUAAAGAAUCAUAACAAUUUAAACUACUAAAUUUGGGAAAAAUAUUAUACUAUUCCCCCCUCAAGUUAAAACAAUCAAGAAGAAAUCAAUUUAAUAAUAUCCUCUUUAUAUACAAUUUAAAGCAAAGGAGGGGCAAUGUCAUUAACUUCUUCCAACAUCAAUAUUGCCUUGGGUUAAUUCACUUAGGUAACUUCUUAAAGUAGUUCAAUCUUUGAUAUUAAAACUUAAGGGUUGGGCAUUGUUCAGUUAAAUUAACUCUACAUUAAUUAAGCUGAAGUUGAUCUAGUAUCAACAACUGAAACAUAAGGUUGUAUUAGUAUAUACUCUAAAAAUAGUCAGUUAAAUUUACAGAUUAAAAAUGUACAAUUUUAUAAUGUCUUUAAUAGAUAAAGUUCUUCAAUCUUUUCCAUUAUACCAUCACAAAAAUAUAAUAAAAUAGAUAUUAACGACGUGAUAUUAGAAAAUUGUCUCUCAUUAAAUAAUCAAUUCAUGAAAAUUGAAUUUUCAUUAUAAAAGCAGGAUCAAAACUUAGUAACAAUCUAAAAUUUACUUAUUUCAUAAAAUUAUUAACAUUGGAAAGAAUACUUCAAUAAACUUAAUCCAAUUAGUUUAAGCGAAAUCAACAAAGUUGUAGUUGACAAUGCUCUUAUUAAUUUAAAUGGAUGCUAACUUCUUAUAAAUAGAUUAAUAUCAGAAGGAAUAUUUAUUUCUCCUAUUUUAAAAAUUGUGGAUUCUUAAAGUGUAUAAAUUAAAAAUUGUAAAAUAAAUUCUAUUUAAACAUUUUAUUCAUUUAACAUUUUUUAUUUAGGCUAAACAAAAAUCGUAAGAAAUUCUUUAUUUUUAGAAGAUGUCGAAAUUAAAAAUGUUACAAUACUUUAAUUAAAAGAUGAGAGCAGCCCCUUAUUCGAAAAUUUUCAGAUUAAAUUUAAUGUUGAAAAAUGCUCUAUAUUAAGAAGUAGUUCUUUAACUUAAACUUCCUCAUCUGAAUCAUUUUAGUCCAUUUUGUAAUAUUUAAAUUACAAUAUAUCUUCAUAAGGGUCGUUAAUUUAUAUUUAGAGCAUCUCAAAUGAAAAUUCAAUAAUUCUUAGAGUCUUUUCUCUAAUUAAGAACAAUUAUUCAAGAAAACUUAACGGAUUAAUUUAUUUUGAUAUCUCUGGAUUCUAAAUUUUGAAAAUUGUCGAAGUUAAUUGUAUUUAAAACAAAAUAGAUUCGUUUGGAUGUCUCAAUUUUAUUGCAAAUAAAAACUUAGAAAAUAAAAUUUAGCUAAUGAAUUCUAAAUUUAUACUCAAUAGCGGCAUGUAUGGUUCUGCCAUAUAUGCAAAAUAAGUUAUAAUUUUCAUUAAACACUGUUAAUUCUUAUAGAAUAUUGCAAGAGAACAAGGCGGUGCAAUAUAUUUUGAAAAUUGCAGUAAUAAUUUUAGAAUUAUUCAUUGCCUAAUUUUAGACAAUUAUGCUAAAGAAGGAGGGGGAAUAUAUUUUAACGGAAUUAAUCAAAUCAAUAAAAAUAAUAUUAAUGAUUCAUUAAUUAAAUUAAAUAUAGCUGAGAAAUUUACAGAUAACAUUGUAGAACAACCACAUCAUUUAGCCUUAAUAAUUAAUUCUUUUGAAAUGCUUUCUUCCCAAGAAAGAAUUGAAAAUCAGACAACAAAUGUUCUUUAAUUAAAUUCAUAUAAAACUAUAGAGUAGGGCUAGUUAUUGAAAACUAACUAGCUUUAUUUACCUAGUAAUCAACAGAUUCUAAGCUUUAAAUUAUUUAAUUAGAAUUAGUAAGGAUUUUUGUCAUAUUUUUAUGAAUUUUCAUUGGAGUUUUAAAACAGUAUAAAUGAAAAAGUAACUAAUUUUUAGAACUUCACUUGUAACUUAUAAACGAUGACAUAGACAUAAAGUAAUAAAAAAAUAUCAGAUCCUCUACCCAUAUAAGUAUUGCCCUAUGAUUUAAACAUAAAUUCUUAUGAUUUGAAAUUACUAUCUUUUACAUUUGAUCCUUAUUAGAAUGCUGAUGAACUUCUUUUAGUAUCAAUAAAUUGUUCAACUUAAUUAAAUGUACUGAAAUACAUUUUUACAGCAAAAACCUACAAAUGUCAAUUAGGAGAAUUUUACGUUAGUAAUGGUUGUUAAGUAUGCCAACCAACUCAAGGUUUUUACUCAGUCACUUAUAAUGCUACUAAAUGCUCAAUAUUCGAUAAGACAAAGUUUUAAAAUAUCACAUCUAAUAAAAUUUAAUUGCUGGAAGGGUUUUGGAGACCAAAUAUUUUGUCAGACCAAACCGAACAAUGCGUAUAAUGUAAAAAUUGCUGUUUAGGUGGUUGGAGAGUAGGAAACAGCCUUUGUGCAAUAGGCCACAUAGGUGGUUUAUGUGAGGAGUGUGACAAUUACAAUAUUCAAGGAAAUGGACCCUAUUUUAGAAUUUUGUAGAGUACAUCAUGUUCACAAUGCUUUUAUUUUUUAUCUGGUUUACUACCUUUUCUUCUGUCCUCAGUAUGGUAUUUGCUUUAAUUAUACUAGGGGUAUUUUGUAGAUUUUAUUGACAUUAAGAAGCAUAGAUAGAACGAAUCAAUUAUUUUCAUCAUUAAAAUUAAAGUAAAAGUUUGGAAAGAUACUCUUUAAGCUCAAUUAAGGUAAUAAUAAUAAUAUAUAUUUAGAUCAUGAAAGCAUUCUUAUUAAAAUGUUACUUAAUUAUUUAUGGAUCUUUUCCAUUAUUUUUUCUUUUAAUAUUACUUUCUCUUUCUCUUUUGAUUUCGUUGAUCAAACUUGCAAUACUUCAUUUUUUAUGGCAAACAGUUUAGAUUGUUAUUUAAUACAAAUAUAUAACACUGAAGUUAAUUAUUCAAGAAUUAUAACUUAAUUUAUUCUAAUAUUUAUUCAGUAACUAAUAAUUUUUGGAGGCUUCUAAGUUCACUCUAUAGCAACUAAAACUAAAUUUAAUAAUAGUAUUUUAUCAAACACAGCUUUAUAUCUUUACCUUUCAAAUUUUGCAGCAAUAAUUAAACAGUAAUUUAUUAUGUAAUUUUUAGAUUCUUUUCGUUAUUAUCCAAAAGGACAAUCUCAAAUAUGGAGUAUAUUCAAGGAAAUGUCUCUCUUGAGUUUAAUACAUAAUCACAUUAUCUCUGGAUAUAUUUUUUUAUUUUGCCUGGAUUAACUUUUAUAGGAUGUUUUAUACCAUUUAUUUUGUUUUUUUUAAUGUUUUUAAUGAGAAAAAAGCUGGAUGUAAUUAAAAUUAGAAGACAUAUAUGUUAUAUGUUUAAUGAAUAUAAUGAUGAAAGUUUCUUUUGGGAAUUUGUUAAAAUUUGGAAAAAAACAAUUCUAAUUGGUAUUCUAACAUAUUUUGAAUCCAAUAUAUUUUUAAAGGCUACCCUCAUUGGCUUAUGUUUGCUUUUUUAUUAAUUAUUGGCUUUCAAAAUCAAACCAUAUAUUAUUAAAAGCUUAAACUUACUUGAUAUAUCUACUGAUCAAAUUUGUUCAAUAACUAUAUUUUUGGCUGCAGUUAAAUAUGUUAGUGAAUAAUAAGAGAAUUAAGCCUAACAAGUUUUACUUUAAAUCCUUAUAUCUAUUCUAUGUAUUAAGCUUUGCUACCCUUUUAUAUAUGAUAUUUUCAGGGUUUACUAUAAAAAAUAUAAGAUAAAAUAUCUUAAUUAAUUAAUAAAGAUAAUGAAAUUUAUAAAGCCAAAUUCAUAUUUUCAUAAUUAUUUAAAUUAGUAAUUGGUAGAAUGGAAAGAUAAGGAAGUAUAGCUAUAAAAGAAUUUCUCAAAACUCAAGUAAUAUUUAUUUAAUGUAUCAAAACCUUAAUCUGAAUAAAAGUAAAAUAUCUGAUUAAUUCAAUUAGAAAUUUUUAGUCUAUCCUGAGUCCAUCAAUAACUUUAAGGAAUAGGUUAGUCAGUAAGGAAAAUGAAACUAAAAGGUUCUUAAUAUAGGAGAAAGAAUGA